UGUAGGAACACACGAGCAAGUGCCAACGACCAUUUCACUGGGAGAGAUCGAUCAGAGUCAGAGAUCAUGGACGCCCUCGCCGCGUACUCGUGGUUCGGGCAGGUCUCGGUGGUGAUCAGCUUGGUGGCGGUGUGCUGGACCAUGGUGUGGCGGAACCUGGAGCACAUCCGCCUGCAGCAGUUCUUCGCGCGCAACUUCAACCGCCGCGCGCGGCGGCUCGCGGCCAUCGUCGACCCCUACCUCUCCGUCACCUUCGAGGAGUACGAGGGCGGGCGCAUCAAGAGCAGCGACGCCUUCAAGGAGGUCCGGUCCUUCCUCACCACCGCCAGCACCCGCGACGUGCGCCACCUCCGCGCCGAGUCCGGCGGCGGCGGGGACAAGAAGCUCGUGCUCAGCAUGGCCAAGGGCGAGGAGGUGGCCGACGCCUUCCGCGGCGCCACGGUCUGGUGGUCCGCCGACUCCGUCCCGCCGCCGCGCGACGCCGUGCCCUACUGGAGCCGCGCGUCCCGCUCCGAGCGCCGCUUCUACCGGCUCGAGUUCCACGAGAGCCACCGCGACCUCGUGCUCAACGAAUACAUCCCGCACGUCCGCAGCCGGGGCCGCGACAUCAUGGUCCAGAACCGCGAGCGCCGGCUCUACACCAACAUCCACCGCGAAGGCUUCGACGACGGUUGGUACGAAGAAGUCUGGACCCACGUCCCGUUCGACCACCCCAAGACGUUCGACAAGCUGGCCAUGGACCCGGCGAAGAAGAAGGAGAUCAUCGACGACCUCGACAUGUUCAGGAACGGCAAGGAGUACCACAACCGCGUCGGCAAGCCGUGGAAGCGAGGGUACCUCCUCUACGGCCCGCCGGGCACCGGCAAGUCAACCAUGGUCGCGGCCAUGGCCAACUACCUCGACUACGACGUCUACGACUUCGAGCUCACGUCCGUGAAGACCAACACCGAGCUCCGGAAGCUACUCAUCGAGACCAAGAGCAAGUCCAUCAUGGUGUUCGAGGACAUCGACUGCUCGCUCGCCGUGACCGGCAGGCGCAAUAGCAAGGAGGAGGAGGACAAGGACGACGACGACGAGGACAAAGACGCCGACCCGCGCCACCAGAACAAGAAGGACGCCAAGAGCAAGGUCACCCUGUCCGGCCUGCUCAACUUCAUCGACGGGCUCUGGUCGGCGUGCGGCGAGGAGCGGCUCAUCGUCUUCACCACCAACCACGUCGAGAAGCUGGACCCGGCGCUGAUCCGGACGGGGCGGAUGGACAAGAGGAUCGAGAUGUCCUACUGCGACUUCGAGUCCUUUAGAUUCCUGGCGAAGAUGCACCUCGACGAGGACGUCGAGGGCCACGAGCUGUUGGGCGUCGUCAGGGCGCUGCUCGAGGAGGUGAACAUGGUGCCCGUCGACGUCGGCGAGCACCUGACGCGGAAGAGCGUCGAUGACGAUGCCGGAAAGUGCCUCGCGAGGCUGGUGACGGCGUUAGCGAAGGCCAAGGAGGAAGCCGCGAAGCCGGAGGCGGCACAGGAUGAAGAAGAAGAUGGGAAGAAGGGGAUCGUUGUGCAAGCUAAGGAUGCUAAUUAGGAUGCUGCUGGCUCCGUCAUGUUUGUCGUCUCCUGACUCUCCUGUGUGUACGCAUAGAUUUCUUCUCGGUCUCAGGUACUUGGAAUAACUGAAUAAGACUAAGCGAGCUAUAUAUAUAGUCACUCGCUGGCUAAAGUAAGGCUUGUUUCAAUGCGCUUAUAUUCAGUCUA